AUUGUGCAGCUGUCAUCAGACCCUUGUCUUUUUGUCUCAGUCUUUCGAUCUUCGAUCAUGAUACAUGAUGGCAUGAUUCACUAACUCACUCAAUCUUGGUCUUUUUUGUUCUUGAAGUCCUCGGCUGUCUGUCACACUCCAGUUUCCAGGCCAACUGAAUGGCAUCUGAGGCUGAAGUAGCAGUUUUUACGGACACAAACUUAGGCACUCACUUAGCCGUGGCUGUCUCUCCAGAUACCACUGUUGGAGAUUUCCAGAGGAAACUCGAGAGAAUGCACUGCAGUUGUUUCCCAAAAUUGGGAAAGAUCGAAGUUUAUGCAUUAAUGGUGAAGAGAAAAUCAUGCUUUUACCAUCUGCCUUUAUCUAUGCCUAUAAAGUAUGCUUUCGAGCAUCAAGAGGGAACGUGGUUCCUCCAUAUCGAAGCAAGGAUUUUAAAAGCUUCAGAUGGGCCAUGCUUAUCAAACUUUGCUGCUCCAGAAGUUGGAGAUCAUAAAUGUGAUGGCAACCAUCUCACUAAUUCUCUUGUUCAAAACAUUGGACAAGUGGCCAUGAUAAGCGGUGAUGCAGCAGAGAGGGACUUGAGUUCAAUGACAAAGUAUCCAACUAAUAUGUCAUUGAGAGAAAUAUCUGCUGCUGGUAUCAUCAAUGGAUGCCUUUUGAACUGUAGUGGAGUGAGCAAACACGCUAACUCCCCAAUCACCGGUAGAACCAUUCAGAGUCUGCCAGAAGAUCAGCCAAGAACCAAAGCGGAUGAUUGCUGCUCAAGCAUUCAAAUUGGUGACUCGCGACGAUUUAUGGUUAGAACGCCCCCAAAGCAAUCAUUGUUUUUGUUGCCUACGGCCCAAAUGACUGGAACUCCUAGAGAGAAGUUCGUAGAUAGUGAAGUUGGGAAGCGAAUUAUCAUAGCCUCAAAUAACAUUAGAAUUUCUGCAAAUAAACAAAGACCUACAACUCCUCUUAGCAGAUUCAGAGAUGGGAAACUGUUACGCUAUAAGAAUUUAUCUCUGGCAAAAUUCUUAGUGUUUGAGAUCAGUGACAGUGAUGACUGAGGAAACCAAUGAUGCCUCCUGAGCAAUAGGGAACGUCAAUGCAUUGUAAUCCUGUUCUUCUGUGAAGUAAAAUUUCUGCAACUGAUUUCUUGUUGAGCUGAUCCUACUUGCAUGUUACGCCAAUGCUCUCCUUUAUUGUUGAGAUCACAUCAAGGUAUGAAACACUGAAGGUUGUAUAAUUCACCAGGUGUUAGUAGAGUGAAGUCAAUUGUCAGGGCUUCACUUUCAUGUAUAAUUUAGUUGCAAAUGCAGAUAAGCCAUACUUUUUAGAGCGAGAGACUUUAAGAACUUCAGUUUUUUGAUUCAAUGCUUUUGUAAAGGUGUCUGCAUGAUCCAA